CUCUCCAGCUCUGAACUGCGCCAACAGGGAUACGGCCUGAGGAUCCCCCUCUCCCAGGUGGCUGGCAAAGUGCUCUGAGGCCGGACGGCAUGGCACAGAAGAGGGUUGCAGUUAUUGGAGCUGGCGUUUGUGGACUGAGCUCCAUUAAAUGCUGCUUGGAUGAGGGGCUGGAGCCCACCUGCUUCGAGAGAAGUGGCGACAUUGGAGGGCUCUGGAGAUUUGAGGAGAAUCCCGAAGAAGGCAGGGCCAGCAUCUACAGAUCUGUCAUCAUCAACACCUCCAAGGAGAUGAUGUGCUUCAGUGACUUCCCCAUUCCGGAUGAUUUCCCCAACUACAUGCACCACUCCAAAAUCAUGAAGUAUUUCCGCAUGUAUGCCGACCACUUCGACCUUCUGAAAUACAUUCGCUUCAAGACCAUUGUGGUCAGUGUGACAAAACGCCCGGAUUUCUCCACCACGGGCCAGUGGGACAUUGUCACGGAGACUGCGGGGAAGCAGGAGUCAGCCGUCUUCGAUGGAGUCAUGGUUUGCACCGGCCAUCACACCAACGCCCAUCUGCCACUGGACUCCUUCCCAGGGAUCGAAAAGUUCAAAGGCCGCUACUUCCACAGUCGGGAUUACAAGAAGCCCCAGGAGUUCUCGGGGAAGAGAGUCAUUGUGAUCGGCACUGGCAAUUCAGGAACAGACCUGGCAGUGGAGCUCAGCCACACCGCAGAUCAGGUUUUCCUUAGCACCAGGCGGGGUGCAUGGAUACUUGGUCGGAUUGGAGAAGAAGGGUACCCCAUGGACACAAUUUAUAUCACUCGCUACUUGGAAUUCCUCAAGCGCAUUGUGCCUCUAUGCCUGCUUAACUACUUUGCAGAGAAGAAACUGAAUGCAAAAUUCAACCAUGCAAUCUAUGGCCUACAGCCUGCGCACAGGUUUUUCAGCCAGCACCCAACCUUCAACGACGACCUGCCAAACCGUAUCAUCUCAGGCAAGGUGCUGGUAAAACCAAACAUCAGAGAGUUCACCGAAACCAGCGCCAUCUUUGAAGACAGCACCAGAGAGGAGGACAUUGAUGUGGUUGUCUUCGCUACGGGAUACAGCUUCUCUUUCCCCUUCCUUGGGGAUUGUGCCAAAGUGAUCAAAAACCAGGUCUCCCUGUAUAAAUUUGUCUUCCCUCCUCAGCUGGAGAAGCCAACUCUGGCUUUCAUUGGCCUCAUCCAGCCACUGGGGGCCAUCAUGCCCAUUGCCGAACUCCAGGGUCGCUGGGCGACACGUGUGUUCAAGGGGCUGAACGGAUUGCCUUCAGCAAGCAACAUGAUGGCCGAUAUUGCGCAGAAGAGAGAGGAAAUGGCAAAAAGGUAUGUGAAAAGCCAGCGCUACACCAUCCAGAUGGAUUACAUCCCGUACAUGGAUGAAGUGGCCUGCCUGGCAGGGGUCAAGCCCAAACUCCUGUCUCUCUUCCUCAUGGAUCCAAAGCUCGCCGUGGAGGUUUUCUUUGGCCCCUGCACCUCAUACCAGUAUCGCCUGAGAAGGCCAGGGAAGUGGGAUGGAGCCAGGAAAGCCAUCUUGACCCAGAGAGAACGGAUCAUUAAACCUCUGAAAACUAGAGUCCUAGAUGAUUAUACAGGUGCCUUGGUGCCUUACUACCUUCAGAUUUUUCUCAUUGUUGCUUUACUUACUGUAACUUUUGCUUAUUUUCCUUGGUCCUUUUUUCCCCUCUGACAAGUGUCAUUUUUUAAGCUGCGAGUCCAGUUCAUGGUUUCCCUUCUUUCCUUUGCAUUCAUAUGGGCAGACUGGACUAUGGUGGGCACCUCUGUUGUCAGCUAUUUCAACAAGGUGAGAGCCUGUCUUCUAUGUAGGGUAAACUUGCUCUAAUGUAGAUGCGAAGUCUGCAGUAAGGGUACACAAGGCCUGUUAAGUCCCAUUCAAGCCCUGUUUUUGAACUCCACAACAAGUGAUAUAAUAAGAGAAAUCCCCAACCAUUUCCAAAGUCUCCACUGGCCUGGUUCAGGCAGUGUGACUGAAGAUCGAGGGGCAGCUGGCAUCACUGCUGGCAGCUUCAUAGUUGGCUGGUUGGUGUACUUGGUGAAUCGAGCCAUUGCUGAUCCCCAGCCUCAAGUGCAGGAGGGGCUUGUGGGCUCUGUUGUCUUCUAACUCUUAUGCUUGCCGCAGCUUCUGGGUGCUUAAGCUUCCUGGAUCAGAGCAGGGCUCCAAGUCAAUUUCAAACCUCUGAGAGAGCCAGAAAAUGGCUUCCUCUCCAUGUAGCUGAGAAAAACAACUCCCCCUCAGCUGCUCUCUUGGGUCCCAUGGUCCCUCCACAGACCAACCCAGGGCCCAGUCUGUCCAUCACUGUUGUGUGUGCGCUCUCCAGCAGGCAGGCAAGCUCAGUCGCUAUGCUGUGCUUCUCCCUAGGGGAGGUGCAUCUACAGUCCCAUGCUGGCAGGGGCUACAAGUCACUUUAGGGUGGAAUUAGGGACAAGGGUGUCAUGGAAGGCAGCAGCCCUCGGGCCCUGGGGGAGCAGGGGAAGCUCUUGGAGUGUGGCCUGAGUUAGGGCUGGGUAAGGACUCAGCACCUCUCACACAGAAGAGAUAGAGCCCUGAGUAGAGGGAAGGGUCUGAGCUCUGUAGACCACAGAAUCCCUGUCUAGGAAGGACUUUGUCUCAGAGUAGGUUUGUCCCAGCAGCACACAGCGAUUCAAGCAAAGCUAAAGCAAAAGUCUCGCUGCUAUUGUUAUCUGGAUCUGUUAAUUGUGUUUAAUUUGGUCGGUCUGCUUUUCUGAACGCACUCCCAUUACUUCAGCCUGACCAAGUAAACCUCUGUUUAUGUGU